CAGAAAAUGAGGCAGUCGCGUUGUGGUGCCGCCGAGCUGUCAUUGGCCAUCCGGCAGCCCCGUACGUCACCCGCACGACGGUUCCUGCCGCCGUCGAACCUGCAUGACAGGCGCCGCUGCCAAAGCGACAGCUCCCUUGCAGGCUCUCCCUGACACCUGUCUCACUCCUCGACUCCUGCCCCCUCCGCCCAUGAGCGCCGUCACCGCGCCGCAUGGGAUGGCACGACCGGCUCGUCUACUAUCGUGAUUUUGCGUACAGCCCCCGCCGCCUGCGAAUGGCGAACGGCAACAUCGGCCAAGUGCCUGCUGCCACCUUUGCUGAGCUGCUCUCCGGGCCCAUGAUCGACAUCUACGUGGGCGAGGCGCGCCGCCGCUGGACGCUGCACCGCAGCCUGCUCUGCCACCACUCGGAGCUGCUCGAGGCCGAGCUCGAGGGCUCCGCCGACGGUGGCGGCCGCCAGGACGCGCUGGAGCUGCCCGCGCACGACCCCGCCGGCUUCGAGCUGCUUGUCAAGUGGCUGUACCAGGGCCGUCUCGACGAUGUGUCGGACCUGCCCGACGCGGCGCAGAAGUACGAGUACGCCGUCCGCUGCCACGCCCUCUACCUGCUGUGCCACCGCUUCGACAUGCCGCAGCUGAAGAACGUCGCCAUGGACCAAUUCCGCAAGGGCCUGCACGAGGCCGAGCUAGUGCCCGACCCCGACGAAAUGGACGACAUCUACCGCAAGAGCCCACGCGGCUCGCCGUUCCGCCGCCUGAUGGUGCAGAUUGCCGCGCGCCAGAUCAUGGACCCCGACAGCGACCGCGACACCGACACUUACCGCCCGUGCCUCGAGCACAACGUCGACUUUGCCAUUGAGCUGAUCAACGCCAUCCGCCACGGCACCGGCGGCUUGCUGCUUGCAGACCCCACCGAGAAGGGCGACGAGUGCGAGUACCAUGACCACGAGGACGGCCCCGCCUGCAACCUCAAGGGCAAGGGCAAGGCCAAGCAAGCACGCAAGGCCAAAGCCCGGAACCCCUCCCCAUCCUCCGCCAGAUCAGCAGCCUCCACAAGCUGCGCCCCGCCGAGCCACUCUCGCCCCCUGCCUCCAAGCCCACUUCUCCCGUCCCCUCCCCGCCCAGCUCGCCCCGGAAGCUCCGGCGCCGGCCAUCUACUCCGCCGCCUCACCAGCCCGGUGACCUCCACGGCGGGGACCUCUCCCGAGACGGCCGUCGCGAGUCACCCCCCCAGUCCGGACGUGACCAAGGACUGGGCAAAACUCAAGAGAGCUACCACACCGGAGCAGCCAGCCGCAGAACAAGCAACGGCGGCGACGCUCCGUCCAGCCCCCGAAGAGCUCCGCCAAAGCUCAGAAGGCGCGUUUCACCCGUCGCAGCAUGAGCGGCAGGGGGAGGGGGAGCCGGCCGUGACUGAUUUCACUUCGCAGUCACCUCCGCGACGGGGGUUAUGGCAGUGGGCCAGGGCAGGCACAGGGAGACUGAACAUCAUAGGCCGACUACCACAUCCGGAAUGGAAGAGUCCGACGUCAGCAUCGAAAGUCGAGGGUGUUGUGCUGAACGGUGCACACAAGAGCAAGGAGACGACUGAGUCGCACGACGAUUUUGACAUCCCAUCCGCGACUGCUACGGAGCCAGACGACUACGAGCGGCAGGAGAUUGCUGCAGCUGCGAAGGUCGAAGGCCUGGGCAUAUCCAGCUUCGGGACAAUGAUAUCGCCGAGUGACUUCUCACAGACGAGGGCGUCCUCGGAUGAUCUCAUCGCGAAUGCUUCGGAAACGACUGGAUCACCAUCGCCGCGGGUAAUAGGGCUUGAAGCGUGGAACAACGGAGACGAUACCACGCCUACCGGGUCAAAGCCUGCGUCUCCAACCACACCCGAUACACCCACACCACCGCAUCGCAGGUCAGACUCAAUCAUGGACAUACCUAAGCUCAGAGCAAACCACAACGAUGCACCAAAGGAGACGACGAGUGAUACAGUAUCGCAGUCACUAAAGGAGAACAUCGCAAGGCUCGACUCGAAUUUUGCAAAAAAGAACACAGGCACCCCAAUAACCCCAACAACCCCUCAGAACCCGUCAUCUGACACUGAACAAAAACGUUCGUCUGAGCCCUCGAAAAUACGUGGUAACUCGGCACCCGGCCAACGCCGCGUUCCGACAUACAAAAUUGCGCUCACAUCUAGCCUUCUCUCGCCCGCGAUGAGGAGCACCUCUGCGGCGCACUAAUACUUUGACGCACAAAUUUGUUGAUAUACCCAUUGAUGAUGUAAACAAACAGAACGAAGUCAUGACGUUGGCACGAGUAUUGUACAAUGAGAAUUCAGUAUAUCCCAUCACAUCAUCUCACUGCUUGGACUCAGCGUCUCACUCGUUCUUCCUCACCCUGUGGGUUUGGCGAUGCAAUUGUGCCCCUCUU